AUGGCCCAGUCUACCCUCGAGAGGAUUGCGAAGCUGGCUCGGAAUCUUUGCAAGCGAGCAGAGUCCUCUAUAUCUCAUCCUCUGCCCACCCAAUCCCAUCCUACCUUGAUUAUAUCUCUCCCGGAACCUCCAGAUCUCAAAGACGAGUUCAUAGAACUUGGCUGCAAUGCGUCAGCUGCGGCCAAAGUAUCUGAACUGCUGCGAAAUUCCGGCCAUCAAUUGAAGCGUAUCACGGAGGCGAAGAGCCAAAGGGCUUUGGAAGCUUUGCCUCAGGAGCAUCUGCAGGCAAAACUGGUCGCGGUCGUGACAUCGCGCUAUCUUGCCAUCCUGGAUGGUUGGGUUACGGAACUCAAGGAUCGUUUGCGUGCACGUCUUCUGGCGAUCUCGCGACAAAUAUCCAAACGACAUUUCAUCUCGCAUGACCCCGACGGCCGUCUCCGUCGAACUCGUAAAAACAAGCGAACUACAUUCAACCAUGCAUACGUUGCCCUUCUUGAGCAUUUCUUCAGCGAACAUCCCUAUCCAACCACUCAUGACAAAACAUGGCUUGCGCAACGAACGGGUAUGACCACCAAACAGAUAAGCGUUUGGUAUCAAAACCGGCGCAAUCGAUCCCCGAAGGACUCCGAUUAUAAGGGGCGACGCGUUAUCGUACGCAAGAAGGUUACACUUGAAGAUGUGAAGAAGGAAGCGCCUGAAAUUAUAAAACCAACUGCCGGGGAAAUGCGUGAUGAGCACGCUGAAUUUCAUGAAGUGCACUCUUCGGAGGAAGACUACCCGGAGCCCGAUAUGAUGACGCCGCAGAUAUCCAUCACCGCGCCAAAUCCAUUCCACUACGCUGCGCCCAAUUACGCAUUCCCCACACGAUAUCCACCCGCAUUCGAGGAUGGACAUGUCAAGGAUGCGCGCGGAAGUUUUCCUAAGCCAACCUGGGCUCGUUGUCCAUGUUCAUCCACGCCUUCUAUACCGGCACUCGAUGUGGACGAACUCAAUAUCCUGUUCGCCCAUUUGCGUACCUAUCCGAAGCCCUGCGAGCUCACGCGCAUGCGCAAGAAGAAUUUGCCAUGCGUGUCGGACAUCAGCAAGAAUGUUAAAGGUACAUCGUCAAGGUUAAGAACAGACCAUGCGGCCGCCAGAAUCGCUAUCACAACCAUCGUACAAAAAGCCCCGCUGGCAGCAUUCAUACCGCAGAAGUUGGUGCCGUUGGUGCUUAUGGCACAGUCGCGGAAGCGGCGUGCAAAUCAAGAUCAACCCAGUGACCAGUCUUGGGUUCGUCCUAUUGCCCCGCUACCGAAACGUGGCAGCUCCGAGUUCCUGCGGAUAGGUGCUUCAAGGGACUCAGAGGGGUCGCCGGUGGAUCCAGCAAACCCUGCGCCUAGAUAUGGUCUCCCGCUUUCACCACAGUCAUCUCCACGCACGGUAGCAACUUCCCCUGCCCGCCCCACGGCACCGCUUCCUCGACGAAAGCGAGUUGCUCUCAGUUCACCAACCGCAGCCGACGGCCCUCAUCAUCAACAUCCCGCUUCCUUCGGCACUUCAACUUGUUCCAUUGAUUCUUCGGAGGCAGCUCCCAGGAAACGUAUGCGCACGACCGCGGCAUAUCAGGCCCUCACCGAACCGUUCAGCUAUCAUGCUCGAAGCUCGUCGUCACCGUCACUCUACUUAUCCGACGGCACGAACACCUCAGAUGAAUCACUCUUGGCUACACCACCGUCACCUGUAUCGUACCCUGUCCCUCCGCUGUCCCCAGUACUCCACCUCGAGUCAGAUCUACACGACGUGCUCGUCGUGUCAGAGACAGGAUGCGCGCCAUUUGGCGACAUGUACGGAAUGCACGGCAUUCUUCCCCUUGCUCUCCUAUCAAGCGUGGCUGCUGAAUCGCCAAAGGUCACAUCCCCUUCAUGGUCAUCCCUGAAUUCACAGCUGUGUACCCACUCGAUGUCUUCCUUGUCAUGA